UUUGCUCUCUGGCCCUUAACUGCCUCCCACAGGGAACAUGAUGGCUGCGCUGCAGGCAGCCCUGAAGAACCCCCCGAUCAACACAAAGAACCAAGCGGUGAAGGAUCGUGCAGAAAGUAUUGUCCUGAAGGUCCUCAUCUCUUUCAAAGCCAAUGAUAUUGAGAAAGCAGUGCAGUCACUGGAUAAGAAUGGUGUUGAUCUGCUAAUGAAGUACAUCUACAAGGGUUUUGAGAGCCCUUCUGACAACAGCAGCGCUGUGUUGCUGCAGUGGCACGAGAAGGCCCUGGCUGCUGGAGGAGUGGGGUCCAUUGUCCGUGUUUUGACUGCCAGAAAAACGGUUUAAGUCCAGCAACAAAUGGUUGUCUGCCACCUGUGGCUGUGGGAAACGCUGGUACAAAAACCGAACAACCAAAUGCCAUUGCUGCCCUGUGGGCAGCUUCUGUCUCUCAGCUUGCCUUCUUGCUGCUUCUUUCAUAUCUGACAAAUAAUGCAUAUCUUGAUCUCUCUUUUGUUGAACUCUGGAAAAUUAUGAAGGUGCAAUUUUAUUUCUAACAGGAAUAUUUGGUACUCGAGAGCAUUUCAGUGACAUGUAUAGCUACAUAUACAACUUCAUGUUUAGGAUGAUUUGCAUUUGUGCAUAACUACAGCAGAUUUGAACCUGACUUUCCAAGCAAAUGCUGAGGGACAUAGGGCAGUGUCUUAAUUCUUUUUGCUAGCCAAGCAGUGUUUUGAUGUAAGAUAUAUAUAUAUAUUUGAGAAGUGGGGCAGCUAUUAAUAUAGGUAACUGGACCAUGUUUCUCUUGGUCAACCUCUGUACCUACAGCAGUGAAUAGGACAGAAGGCAAGGCUCCCCUCCAAACCUGAUUAUCAUUCCAGGAAGCUGAGUAUGUUUUUUCCUUAAUCUCACAUCUCAGGGCCUAGUCUGGUUUCUUGUGAUCAGUCAAAGGCCAAGUCCACUGUUGGAAAGACACAAUAGGAUGAAAUUGUCUGUUGUGCAAUUUGGAUGGCAGAAUUUAAAAGGCUGACGGGCUGUUUACAAUAGCGCCUGCUCCAGUGAACUCUUUAUUCUGGGGAGCAAAGAUCCUGAUGAGAAGAAAAAGGGGCUUUCACCCAGCAAAUCACCUUUCAGCAACUUGAAAGUGAUUUGAUUUUGUCAAGCACAACAUAAUGGCUGCCUGUGGUAAUCUAAGAAAUUCAUACUGGUAUCUGCACCAUCCUUUGCAAAGCUCCCAUGUUUUAUUUUCCAGAUAUAUAGGGUCUUAAAGGAUCCCAGAAAGUUUACAUUCCUGUUGUAUUUUACCACAGUGUGUUAGCUAGUGGGCAAAUUAAGUCCCAGCAUAGCGAGGAGUAUUUUAAAAAGAAUUAAGCAAGCCUAGAGCAUCCCAGACCACAGAUCACCUUUGAAUGUUUAGGGCCAGGGCUUAAAUACACUUGUUUUACAUGCACCAUUUUACAGCCAUUCAGUUGUGUAAAACUGUUCAGAAACUUGUGAAAUCUUUGCUGUUUUUUGAUAUCUGCUUUUUUUUGUAAUAAUAAUAAAGACCAGACAAGAAAUUGUCACUGAAUA